AUGCAUGUCUCAUCUCUCAUCCAGGAGGAGUCGAGCUGCCUUUCGAAGUUGGUGAAGCAUCGCCUCUUCGAGUCCUUCUUCGGAGUCGUGGUGUUGACCAACGCCAUCUUCAUCGGCAUUGACGUGGACCUCAGUGCGCGGGAGACCUCGCGGCCGAUGGCGCUGCGGGUCAUGCAGUAUAUCUAUGCGGUGCUCUUCACCUCUGAGCUGCUGUUGAGACUUUGUGCUGCAGGCGGACACUUUCUGCGCACGGAGGAUUGGGCCUGGAAUCUCCUGGAUGUGUUGGUGGUCCUUAGUUCCCUCUGGGAUGUGGCUGUGGACAUUAUUUCCAUUGUUGGGACGACUUCAGUGGAAAGCAUUGCCGGGGUCUCCAGCUUAAAAUCCUUUCGCAUUAUUCGCCUCACGCGGCUGCUGCGCACUGUCCAGUUCGUGCGUAUCUUUCGCUUCGUCAUCGCCUUGAGGAUCUUAGUGACCUCCAUCCUUCACACGAUGAAAGCGCUGGUUUGGGCGCUCUUCCUUCUUCUCCUGAUCGUGUAUGUCUUCGCUGUGCUUUUCACUCAAGUCAUCAGCGAUUAUUUCGAGAACGGAGGCCAUAUGACUGGCCCUGAGCUGGACGCCGCCCAGCGAUACUUCGGAUCCCUCACGGAUUCCGUUUUGGCCCUUUGUUUGAGCAUUUCCAAUGGAGUCAGCUGGGAAUUGGUGCUGAUGCCAAUCAAGAAGCUUGGUACUGUUUGGGUGCUUUGUUUUCUUGGAUACAUGUCCUUCACCUAUUUUUGCGUCUUAAAUGUGGUCACAGCUGUGUUCUGCCAAAGUGCGAUUGAAAGCGCUCAAAAUGACCAGAUUACGAUGAUGCAAGCCAUGCUGAUGAACAAGGAGCAGCAUUUGCAGAAGAUCCAGCUGCUCUUUGAACAAUUGGGAAGUGAUGAUAGCGAAGUCAUCACUCUGAAGAUCUUCGAGGAGAACAUCAAUUCUCCCGAAGUGCGGGCCUAUUUCGAAGCCUUGGGGCUCGAUGUUUGGGACGCGUGGUCCUUCUUCAAAUUAUUGGAUUCCGACGGGGGCGGCUCCGUAGAUGUGGAGGAGUUCUUCAUGGGCUGCUUGAGGUUCCGCGGAUCUGCUAAAGCCAUGGACGUGGGGAAGGUGAUCCAAGACCAGGACGCGUGGGCGCUGCGCUGCCUGCCUUGUUCGCGUGCACGUUUGCGCAGCGCCACGUGUAACGUCGGCGAUGUGUGA